UUGACUCUGCAGCCCAGAUAAUUUGAGCCAACUGUGGAUUGUUACACAAACGACAUCAAACCCCUCUUUACCAUUACCAGGAAGAGGACAGCUCAAGCAUGUCGUCCACAAAUGUCGAGCCCAAGGGGCCUCACGGCCCCGAGGAUACCUUCGAGACCUCGGUCUUCCCUGUCCCUAGCCCGACGGACAUCGAUGAGAAGAGUGACGCAAAGAACGCUGUUCUUGGCCCCGAGGUUCACGAUGCAUCCCAUACCGAUGAAAGCGACAGCGAUAGCAAAGAUGCCAUUAUUGUUACCGGUGCUGAUGCCUCUCGCCACUUGCUCCCGAUGAGAGACGACCACGAUAGCGCUUUGACGUUCCGAAGUAUUCUUUUGGCCUCCGGCCUUGCUUGUUUCCAAGCUGUCAUGUACCAGAUCUACACUUUCAAACCCACCAUGAUCACCAUCCAGGGUACCUUUAUCGUCCUUAUCUCCUACUUCAUCGGCAACGCUUGGGCCUUUGCCCUCCCCCGCGGCGACAACUUCGAAGCUCGAUGGAGAGCCAAGGGCAACACUGGUUCACUGCCCUUCCUGAUCAAAUUCAUUAAGUUCAUCAACCCUGGACCUUGGGGUCUCAAGGAACACGCCAUCUGUGCCAUCACAGCCACCUCUGCAUCUAAUGCCGCUGCAAGUGUUCAAGUAUUUGCGGCUCAGGAUCUCUUCUACAACAUGCCGUUGAGCCCAACUACUGUUAUUCUGAGUACCAUUUCUAUUGGUCUGUUCGGUUAUGGUCUCUGCGGUAUUAUGCGUCCAGUUGCCGUCUGGCACGUCGAUGCUGUCUUCUGGAGUAACUUACCAACUGUCAAGACUCUCCAGGGUCUCCACUGGCAGGAGGUCAAGGACUCUAAGCCUCUUCGAGUCUUCUGGUACAGUUUCGGUGGCAUGUCCCUUUAUGAGUUCUUCCCUGCCUACAUCUUCCCCUGGCUCAACUCAGUCUCGGUUCCUUGCUUGGCUGCCAUGAAGGCGACCGGAAACACUGCCAAGAACCUCACCCGUGUCUUUGGUGGCGCUACUAACAACGAGGGUCUUGGCCUCUUUAGCGUUUCUCUGGACUGGCAAUAUAUUACCUCUUUCAACACCUCUCUUCCUCUGCCCCUACAAGCUCACAUGGCUGUUGGAUUCGUGGUCUGCUAUAUCGUCAUGGCUGGUAUCUACUACGGAGAUGGUUGGGGAGCCAAGUCCCUGCCUUUCAUGUCUACUCGACUCUUGUUGGCCAAUGGUACUACCUACCCCGUUGCUGAGGUUUUCGAAGGCGGAGUCCUCAACGAGUCACGCCUGUUGGAGUUUGGUCUUCCCAGAUUGACUGGUACCUUCGCUUACGCCAUGUUCAUGGCCAACGCUGCUAUCGGUGCUCUCAUCCUUCACUGCAUCCUCUUCUGGGGCAAGGACGUCGUCAAGGCUUUCAAGAGCGCCAGGGAAGGACGAUAUGACGACCGCCACCACGAGCACAUGGCCAAGCACUACAAGGAAGCUCCAUGGUGGUGGUAUGUCACUGUCCUCGUGGGAAGCUUUGUUCUCGGCUUGAUCGUCGUCAUCAAGGAGAACAUUACUCUCCCUGCUUGGGCUUACGUGGUCUCACUCAUCAUGGGUUCCAUCAUUGCACCAGUCAGCACUCUCCUUUACUCUCGUUAUGGAAACGGUAUUGCGACCAACAACCUUUCCAAGAUGAUAGCUGGUCUUAUGCUUCCUGGCAAGCCUGUCGGUAACAUGUACUUUGCUGCAUGGUCUCACAACGUCAUCUCCAACGCUGUCAACCUGUCUGGUGAUCUCAAGAUGGGCGAAUAUCUCAAAAUCCCUCCUCGUGUCAUGUUCCUCACUCAAAUCUGGGGAACUAUUCUUGGUGGCUUUAUCAACUACGCUAUCAUGAUCAGCAUCGUCGGCAGCAACCGAGACCUCCUUCGUGACGGCGAUGGUAACUCGUCCUGGAGUGGUGCUACCAUGCAAUCUUACAACACCAACGCAACCUCUUGGGCUCUUGCUGGUUAUCUUUACAAGCUUGGUGGUACUUAUGAGCUCGUUCCUUUCGGUCUGCUUGUUGGUGCCGGUUUGGUUGUGCUCCACCGAAUCUUUUACAAGUUUUACCCCAAGAUCAAGAACUUUGACGUUGCCGAUGUCAACUUCCCCCAGUUCAUCCAGUUCGCUGGUUAUAUUCCUUACAACCAGAGUCAGACUUGCGUUAUCCUGAGCCAGAUUCUCUCCGGCUUCUUCGUCCAGUUCUACCUCCGAAACUACCGACCUCGCAUCUUCAGGGACUACUCUUACCUUGUCACUGGUGCUUUUGACGGUGCCAGUCUGACAGUCCUCUUCAUCCUCUCUUUCGCCGUGUUUGGAGCUGGUGGCCCAGGACAUCCUUUCCCAAGCUGGUGGGGAAACAACGUCAAUGGCAAUUAUGAUCUUUGCCCUGUCCCUGAGUAGUCGAGAAGUACUCAAAGUUUUGGGUCCGGUGGUCUGGAAAUGUGCCUGGAAUUUGCCUGUGCAUUGUUUAAACUCGUACUUUAGCCUCUGUACCUUAUACCCCAGCUAGCUAUUUC